AUGCCACCAAUCCGCUCUAAAUCUCGGCAAGAAUCUGCCAAUAAAGAGGGAAAGGUCUUAUUAGCCCUUGACGAUAUUAAAAAUGGCCGUGUCAAAUCUCUCCGCGCAGCAGCGAAGCUAUACGAAAUCCCCCACAUAACCCUGGCCGAUCGCGUCAAUGGCAUACAAGCACGCGUCAAUAUACGCCCAAAUGGCUAUAAAUUGACAAAAUUAGAAGAGGAUUCGCUUGUUGAAUGGAUAAUCUCUAUGGAUUCGCGUGGAGCAGCACCUAGGCUGGCUACUGCACGAAAGAUGGCUAAUAUUCUACUGGCUGCGCGCGGUAGCCACCCUCUACCUACGGUUGGCAAAAAUUGGCUAUUAGCCUUUAUAAACCGACGCGAAGAGAUUCGAUUACGCUUCUCUAGGCGUUACGACUAUUAG